GGCUGAAAGGAGGUGGUUCCGCCUGGCUUUUACCAAGAGCGGGAGCGCGGGUUGGUGCCGAGCGCGUCCCCCCGCCCCCUCCUUCCUUUUUCUCUCUCACACACGCACGGGAGCGAGAUCUUCCCUCACACACAGCAGCGGCCAUUGCGCCUUCUUCUACUUUCCCCUUUCUCCCUCUCAGCUCGGCACCCGGCAAACACACACGCAUAGCUCCCGCCGUAGGAAGGAGGGGAAAUUCCCAGGGCGUUCCGUCCCCCUUCCCAGAAGCGGCCGCCUCACACCGAAGCAGCUUCCUCUCUCUGUGUUUCCCCCUCCCCUUCCAGCCAGGCCUGAGCCUGCACUCCCUCCCCCCCCCGCCUUGCGCUCUCACCGCUUCUCACACACACAACAUGUCGGCGCCGGCGGCCAAAGUCAGUAAAAAGGAGGUGAACUCCAACCACGACGGAGCGGACGAGACCUCAGAAAAAGAGCAACAGGAAGCCAUUGAGCAUAUUGACGAAGUACAAAAUGAAAUAGACAGACUGAACGAACAGGCAAGCGAAGAAAUAUUGAAAGUAGAACAGAAAUACAACAAACUUCGUCAGCCAUUUUUCCAGAAGAGGUCAGAGUUGAUCGCCAAAAUCCCUAACUUCUGGGUUACAACAUUUGUCAAUCACCCACAAGUAUCAGCAUUACUGGGUGAGGAAGAUGAAGAAGCACUUCACUAUCUGACUCGGGUGGAGGUUACAGAGUUUGAAGACAUAAAAUCGGGUUACAGAAUAGAUUUUUAUUUUGAUGAAAAUCCCUACUUCGAAAACAAAGUUCUCUCUAAAGAAUUCCACUUGAAUGAAAGUGGAGACCCAUCUUCAAAGUCAACUGAGAUAAAAUGGAAAGCAGGGAAGGAUUUAACAAAGCGUUCCAGCCAGACACAGAACAAAGCUAGCAGGAAGAGGCAACAUGAAGAGCCAGAAAGCUUUUUCACUUGGUUCACAGAUCAUUCUGACGCAGGGGCUGAUGAACUUGGAGAGGUUAUUAAGGAUGACAUCUGGCCAAACCCACUGCAGUACUACCUGGUCCCCGAUAUGGAAGAUGAAGAAGCAGAGGGUGAGGAAGAGGAUGAUGAUGACGAGGAAGAGGAGGGACUGGAAGAUAUCGAUGAGGAGGGUGAUGAAGAUGAGGGUGAAGGAGAGGACGAUGAUGACGAAGAUGAAGAGGGAGAAGAAGCGGAGGUAUGAAGACGAAGGUGAAGAUGAUUAAGUGAUCUCAUUGUUUGGAUUCCACCCUUUUCCUUUUUUUUUAUCCAGCCCCUGGGAGCAAGAUGCUGUCGUAUAUAUAAUUUCAGUUUUUUUUUUCUUUUUAUUUCGUGUGCUCAGUCGCCUUGUUCUCUUGGUCCUUUUCCCCUCUCCAUACCAUGGUUCAUGAAUCCUUUUUUUUUUUUUUUUUCCUCCCCCCCCCCCUUGGGGAGGGGUAAGAACUGAGUAAAACGCAGUGGAAAUCUCUAACCAUUUUAUUUUCCCCCCCAAGUCCAUACUUCUCGUCUCCAACAAUAAACUUUAAACUUUGUAACAUCCAUGUUGUCUGUGGGGCACAGCUUACCCUGGCUGCCAUCUCUGGUGGAGGCUGUGGAAUGUCGAACUGUGUGAUUAGUGCAUAGCAAUCCCACUCUUAUAUUUUGUUUUACCCAUUUCCCCUCUCCCUUCUCUGUAUAUUGGGCUCUGAGGUUACACUGUUUCCAUGUGAAUACGGACAGAUAGCAUUUACCACCAUGUAUCGGUCUAACUUUUUUUUUCUUGUUUAAAAAAUGAAUAAAAAGUACAAAAAAAAAUACUGUGGGGGGUGGGCUAGAAGUCAGUGGGAGGGUUUUCAGUGACAACAGGGAGGUCGGGGUGGGCUAGGUUGGGCAUUUUGGAAACAUGGCUUUUUCUCUUUGGCAUGUUUGUGAUGUUUAACAGGACAUCCAUGCAGGUUAAGACACUUUUAAAAUAAAAAGGCAAAAGAAACCUCCUUAUAAAGGCUUUCAGGCCCGACAACCUGCAGGGACCUCAUGGGACCCUGCUGGAUAAUAUUGGAAACAGACAUUCUCAGUUUUUUUUUUUUAUUUAGGUUCUUUUUUUUUCUGGAAAGGAAAAAUGCUCAGUUUUAAACGUUAAAAGUGUACAAGUUGCUUUGUUACAAUAAAACUAAAUGUGUACACAAAGGGACUGCUGUUUUUCACUCAAACGCUACCUCCCGAACCAAACCCCUCCCCCCCUUUACCUUUUUACGUUUCCAGAAUUUCAUGCAGAUUUUGUUUGUGAUGGUUCAGACUAUAUUUAAUGUUUUUUGAUACAGGGCAUUUUGUAGUAACCUCGAAAACUUAGCCUGGCAGUGGUUUGGGGCAUGGCUGUUGACCUGGCAUCUUGCACAGCCAACAUCUCUUCUCCAUGCAACAUGGAGGUUUUUGUGGGAGUUUUUGUACCUUUGCUUGGCAACAGUGAUAGUCGGCACUUAAUCUGAUUCAUAGUCUGUUAUCAAUCUACAUCUUUGCUGUCAGAUUUAUGCCUGUCAAUCAACACUACAAAUAAAGUAAUUGGUGUGACCUGUA